CAUAGCUUCCCUAGGACUGGGGAGUAUUUUCUUCAAAUUGCAAAAGAAAUGCUUAUCAGAUUUAGAAGCAAAGCUGUAGCUGUAUCAAUUCACAGCACCAUAUUUCAUUGCAAUGGCUUUGGAGACCUCCUUUCCUCCUUCAAUUUCAGAUCUCAGUAUCUCUACUCAUCAACCUCUACUCCUGCCCCGACCCAUUUCUUGGUUAAAUACCUUGUUGAUUCUCUCGGAUUCUCCAAUGAAGAAGCUGCAUCGACAUCCGCCAAGGUAACUUCACGUAGAAAUUUAAAGAAUCCUGAUUUAGUCAUCAAUUUCUUGAAACAAACUGGUUUCGACAACACUCAGAUGAAAAUAAUGGUUUCUAGGGUUCCCAAAUUACUAUUCCGUGAUGUUUCCAAAACCCUAAAACCCAAAUUCCAGUGCCUUAUGGAUCUCGGAUUAUCCGGGUCGGACCUGGUGGAUGUAAUUGCUAAAGAUUCACAAAUUGUUGACAGAGGUUUAGAUACUCAUUUGAGACCUACCAUUGAUCUCCUGAGGAGGCUUUUGGGUAGUAAUGAAAAUGUAGUUAAGGCCUUAAAGAGAUUUCCUUGGUUGCUUUCUUUUCGUGCUCAUCAUAUGAUGGAGAAUAAUCUACUGUUGUUGAAAAACUAUGGUGUUCCUGAUGAGAGAAUUAAAAAACUCAUGCUUAGAAAUCCGAGUUAUUUUGCUCAAAAUCCUGAGAGGAUUAAAGGUUUGUUGCAUAGGAUGGAGAACGAUUUCCGAGUUCCACGUGAUUCCUCUAGUUUUCUUUAUGGAUGUCAAGUGUUAAACUCACUAAACAAGUCUAAGUUGGAAAAGAAGUUUGGAGUUUUCAAGAGUUUUGGAUGGUCUGAUGAUGAUAUACUCAAGAUGUUCCGGAAGCUACCUUUUUGUGUUGGCCUCUCGGAAGUUAGAAUUCAUAAAGCACUGAAUCUUUUCAUGAAGGAACUUGGUUUGGGAACUGCUUACUUGGUUUCUCAUCCUGCAAUUUUGGUCUUUAGUAUGGAUAAAAGGGUGGUACCUCGGAUGCAAGUAUUGAAAAUUUUGGACGAAAAGAAGGUUGAGAGGAGAAAGUUGGAUCUCUAUUAUGCUCUGAGCUUAGCAGAGACAAAGUUCAUAGAUUAUUUUGUGCAACCCUACAAGGAUCAGAUGCCUGAUUUGUAUGAACAGCUCAAGAAAAUUGUGGCUCCUAAGUAGAUUUUGUUUAUUUUUGACACCAAUGGUGCUGAGAUCUUUCUAAAUUUUCAGUUAUAGUUCAAUACAUUUUUGCUUUUCAUUGUGAACAGGUCACAACUAAAACAGACUCGGUAUUUCCAAACAUCAUUCGUGUAGUCAGGACAUAGUUUAUUGAAACGUCUUCGUCAUAUUUACAAGUCCGAACUGCUGUAAGCUAUACAGUUUCAAUACAUCUUGUUGUUAAGCUGAUUUCCUUGGGCAGUUACCACAGAGUUUGUUCCAGAAGACAAAAGUCGAAUACUUUUCUGCUUACUGCUGAUCUGAUGUUCUUGACAUCUCAAGAAUUUUUAUUGUACCUUACUUUUGACUCUUUUAGUCUCUGUCUUAUCUUUGAUGUGAAGUUGAAGUGUUGAGUAUUCUUUUUCAUCAUACUUUGGGUUAUUGAAAUCCAACAUGUGGUAGUUCCUUCU